AUGGAAGAGAACCAGAUAACCCUGGACAGCCUCAGGAAGGGCACAGAUAACCCAGCUUUCAGCUGCUCGGGAGAGGAGAGAUGCUAUGAGGAAUGCAAUGGGCCACGUGGUGAGAUCACAGAGGAGAGGAGAGGAGAAGGGAAAGGGAGAUUCUCCUCCUACUGCAGGAAGGCCCUGCAGCCUGUGUCCAAGGCAAAGCGCUUCUGCAAGGCUCGUGCCAAGAUGUUGAGAAGGGUCGCCCUAGGGCUCCUUGGAGUAGCCUACCUGUGCUACUUCAUUGUGGCCUGUUGGCUCAACUUCCAGCGAGCCCUCGCUUUGGUUGUCAUGACUGCUGUGGUUGUCUUCUUUGUCUGCUGGAGCCUCUUCAAGAAGCACUAUGGGGCAAAGCUAUUGCUGCUCCUCAGCCCCAUUCAGAAAUGCUUCCAGAAGUCCUGGCCGUGGCUGAAAUGGCUACUGGUGGUGGCUCUCCUGGGAGGCCUGGUUGCAUGGCUGGCCUUGGACAGUGCCAGAAAUCCAGAGCAGAUCAUCUCAUUAGCUGGAUUCUGCUUGAUGGUGCUGUUCCUGUUUGCCUGCUCCAAGCACCAUGGCGCAGUGUCCUGGAGAGCCGUUUUCUGGGGUCUUGGCUUGGAGUUCUUAUUUGGACUCUUUGUUCUCCGAACAACCCCUGGCGUCCAAGCUUUCCAGUGGCUGGGUGACCAGAUCCAGGUCUUCCUGAGCUACACCACGGCUGGCUCUGGCUUUGUCUUUGGAAACACACUCAUUCAAGAAGUCUUUGCCUUUCAGACUCUGCCCAUCAUUGUUUUCUUCAGUUGUGUGAUGUCCAUCCUCUACUACCUUGGAGUUAUGCAGUGGCUCAUUGUCAAGAUCUCCUGGCUGCUGCAGGUCUCCAUGGGCACCACUCCCACUGAGACCCUCAGUGUGGCAGGCAACAUUUUUGUGGGACAGACCGAAGCCCCGCUGCUCAUCCGCCCAUACCUUGCAGACAUGACCCUUUCAGAAAUCCAUGCUGUGAUGACUGGUGGCUUUUCCACCAUCGCAGGCAGCGUCAUGGGUGCCUACAUAUCCUUUGGGAUAGACGCAGCAUCACUGAUUGCAGCCUCUGUGAUGGCUGCCCCCUGCGCCCUUGCCAUGUCCAAACUUGUCUACCCUGAGGUGGAAGAGUCCAAGUUCAAAGGCAAAGCAAGCGUCCGUCUCUCCCAUGGGGAAGAGCAGAACAUUCUGGAAGCUGCAAGCAACGGGGCUGCUGCCUCCGUGGUGCUCGUGGCUAACAUUGCAGCCAACCUCAUUGCCUUCUUGGCAGUGCUGGAGUUUAUCAACGCUGCCCUGCACUGGUUCGGGGAGAUGGUAGACAUCGAGGGGCUCUCCUUCCAGGUGAUCUGCUCCUACAUCCUCAUGCCUGUGGCCUUUCUCAUGGGGGCAGACUGGGCAGACUCCCCGAUAGUGGCUGAGCUCUUGGGGAUCAAGAUUUUCCUGAACGAGUUUGUGGCAUAUGAGCAGCUGGCAACAUACAAGAAGAACCGUCUGUCGGGCCUGGAGGAGUGGAACGGGAGCCGGAAGCAGUGGAUAUCUGAGCGAGCCGAGAGCAUCAGCACCUUUGCACUCUGCGGAUUUGCAAAUCUCAGCUCCAUCGGGAUCAUGCUGGGAGGCCUGUCCUCCAUGGUGCCCCAGCGCAAGAGUGACCUGGCUGCCGUCGUGCUGCGAGCUCUGCUCACCGGUAUCUGCGUAUCCCUGCUCAACGCCUGCCUGGCAGGCCUCCUCCAUGUGCCAACAGAGGUGGGCGACUGCGUGUCCUUCCUCAGCACUGCCAACUUCAGCUCUACCAGCUACACUAUGUACAUUUGCUGCAGGCAGCUCUUCGGCAGCUCAGUGCUCGAGAACGGGACGCUCUCCUUCACAGGAGCUUGGGCCGGCCUGGCGCAGAGCUCGUGGUGCCUGGCACAGUGCUGCGGGCACUACAACCACACAGCCUGCGCGGGGACAGCCUAG